AUGGCUGUUCCACCAGAGAAUGAGACGGUGCUGAGGCUGCCACACCCGUACCUCACGCCUUACUCGCUCGUCAAGUCUUCGCGGACACUUCAAGACUCAGGAGCACCGCUACUUCAAAUCAAGCCUCAACAGGCUAAGGGCAACACUGCGCCGCUGCCAGAGCCCCUCCACAACGAUGACCUCUUCUUCACAGAACCAUCCGACCUCAAGUCGAGCGAGCGACCUCCCGAGUCCAACAACACGCCAUGGGGCCGGGCCAGGCGGUCACCGGCAUCGACACUGGUAUGGGAGUCUCUCGAGACCCCGACGCUCGGCCAGGCUUGGCUGCUGAUUUACGUACUCUUCACGAUCCGGCCGUCCAUGGAGCACUUCCGCCUGACUUUGUCUGGUCCUGGCAAGGAAGAUCUCGCGGCUCAGCUGAAAGCCGUCUUCUUAGCCAUUGAUCAUCCGGUCGCCACGGGUCUGGUAGACGAGCUACUCGUGCUUCGCAGCACGUUCUGGCAAGGCGCCGGUUCUCCCUGGGGACCGCGGACUGCCUGGAUCCCCGAGGACAACAAUUCGACUGCCGCCCCCCUGCCCAAGCCUCUAUCCUCAUAUCCUCUUACACCCCUCGAGAACACCAUGACCAAUGACGCCUCGUCAAUGGUGCUCACAUGGCACCCACGGCGACCGGCGAAGCCCAGACCAGGCAGCACCGUCUACAGCCGCUGGAUUCCGCACCUCAAGGAGAACUUCAGCAUGGUCGCUCUCGACUGGCAGAACGAGGAGCACCUGAACCUGUUCCACACGUGGCAGAACGACCCACGUGUCAGCCAGGGCUGGAACGAGACGGGCACGCUGGACCAGCACCGCGAGUACCUGCGCAAGGCGCACGUCGACCCACACCAGGUCACACUCCUCGCGGCCUUUGAGGGCGUCUUCUUUGCCUACUUUGAGGUGUACUGGGGCAAGGAGGAUCGCCUUGGCGCGUACUACUCGGCCGGCGACUUUGACCGCGGCCGGCACUCUCUCGUCGGCGACGUGCGCUACCGCGGCCCCCACCGCGUAACAGCCUGGUGGUCCAGCCUGAUGCACUACCUGUUCCUCGACGACCCGCGGACCAUGUACAUCAUCGGCGAGCCAAAGUACACCAACAGCUCCGUCCUCGCCUACGACUUCAUCCACGGGUUCGGGCUGGACAAGUUUGUCGACCUCCCGCACAAGCGGAGUGCUUUCGUGCGCUGCUCGCGCGAGCGGUUCUUCCAGCUUGCGCCGCUGGCCGAGAGCGAGAAGGCGGUUGGUGGAACGCUGGUCGGGCUGUUGCCCAAGUUGUAG